GCAUCACCAUCAGUGAGUCAACUAAACGAAAACAGAAAAUAUCAAAACAUUCAAAAUGAUGUCUCUCAAAGUUUUGUUCGCGACAGUCCUUGGGCUGUUCGCAUUUUCGGAGGGACUCAUCAGGAUUGAAAAUAAAAGCGCCAUUUCCCCUCUCAGCACAACAGUGGUUGGUAGCAACAUGCCGGUGACAUGGCAAGUAGAAGCAGCUGAACUUUUAACAAACGUACUUCAAUUAUACAAUACGAAUAAUGUAAGAGCAAGAGCGCUUUCCGAACUGUUUGAAGCAACUCACAUUAACUACAGUUGGUUUGUUGCUGUUAAUAGUUCGUAUAUUUAUAAUCCACUCAGUUCUUAUUACUGCCAACUUCGAACAGAAACCACUUCCGGAAAUACCACCAAUAUACAGGACUUCGUUGUUUUUGCAGGAAAUAGUUGAUUAUAUUAUUAGGCAAAUACAAUAUAUAGUAACACUCUUAUUUUUUGCCUUUUUUAUUGUCUCUAGCUAAUAUUCAAAUUACAUUAUAUGUAGAGCAAAAGUGAGGUUAUAUCCAUUGCGUAUGGUGUUCUCAAUAAAGAUUUUCCCUUUUC